UCCAGUGACUUUCAGACAGAGCGGAGUGCGCGGCAAAAGAAGGAGACAAACAAAAACAUGUGGUCGAGGCCGUGAGAAACGGUAAGGAACCGGACAGGAAACGGCCAGAACCCGCUCAGAACCCGGUCAGAAGCGGGCAGGCGGGAGGCCCGGUGCGCUCCGGAGCCCCGCUGCUCCCUCCCGGUGGAUCAUCCUGACUGAAAGUGGAGCUGCGUAGCGGCUCGUUAGCUCGUUAGCUCCGCGGAGGGAGGCGGGUUUCCCCCGGUGCGAGGCACCGGAGCUCCGCUUCACCUUCCCGGUUCCGCUUCCAGAUAUAAACCAAGCCUCCAGACCGGAAACUAGCGACGGCUGGACUGGAACCCGGCGAGAGAUCCGCCAAGCGUAGUCCGGUAAACUGAGCCGGUUAGCAUCAGUGAGCCGUUUCAAUGAAUGGAGGUGAAGCCCCGCCCCCCCCCUGCUGACUGAGCGCCCCUCCCCCUCCUCAUGGGUCUGCACUCGGCCCAGAAGAAGCACUUCCCCCUGCGGGGGAUCGACGGCGUGGUGCAGCUGUUCCGGGCCGAGCUGCAGAAGGCGGAGCCGGACCUGGCGCUGCUGUCGCUGGUGCUGGGCUUCGUGGAGCACUUCCUGGCGGUGAACCGGGUGGUCCCGGUCAACGUGCCGGGCGUCCGCUUCGAGCCGCUGGAGCCCGACUGCCCGUCGUCCUGCUUCCCCACCGUGGAGCUGGGCAUGAUCUCGGCGCUGUACGAGCGCUUCACGGCCCAGAUCCGCGGCGCAGUGGACCUGUCGCAGUUCCGGCGCGGCGCCGCCGCCGCCGGCUCCGACCGGGAGCUGGUCAAGAAGGUGUCGGACGUGAUCUGGAACAGCCUGAGCCGGUCCUACUUCAAGGACCGGGCCCACAUCCAGUCCCUGUUCAGCCUGAUCACAGGCACCAAGCUGGACAGCUCGGGCGUGGCCUUCGCCGUGGUGGCGGCCUGCCAGGUGCUGGGCCUCCACGACGUGCACCUGGCGCUGUCCGAGGACCACGCCUGGGUCAUCUUCGGCCCGGCCGGCGACGACACGGUGGAGGUCACCUGGCACGGCAAGGGCAACGAGGACCGCCGCGGCCAGACCGUCACCGCCGGGGUCAGCGAGAAGAGCUGGCUGUACCUGAAAGGCUCCUACAUGAAGUGUGACCGGAACAUGGAGGUGGCCUUCAUGGUCUGCGCCAUCAACCCGUCUCUGGACCUCCACACCGACAGCUCGGAGCUGCUGCAGCUGCAGCAGAAGCUGCUGUGGCUGCUGUACGAACGAGGGAACCUGGACAGGUAUCCCAUGGCCAUGGGCACGCUGGCAGACCUGGAGGACCAGGACCCCACCCCGGGGAGGGAGAGCCCCCUGAAGAUCCACCUCAAGGCAGUCAGCUCUGCUCAAAAGCACUACAAUAACGAGCAUAUCUACCCCUACAUGUACCUGGCUGGUUUCCACUACAGACACCGAGACGUGCAGGAGGCUCUGAGGGCCUGGGCCCAGGCUGCCCAGGUCAUGCAGGAAUAUAACUACUUCAGAGAGGAUGAGGAGAUCUACAAGGAGUUCUUUGACAUCGCUAACGACGUGAUUCCCACCCUGCUGAAGGAGACCACGUCUGCUGCAGAGAGUCCUGGGGAGGAGGGGGAGGGGGGGCCCGAGAAGGAGCUCCCUAAGCAGUCCGCAGUCUUCUCCGCGCUUCACGACCCAGAAUGCUUUGCCCACCUGCUGCGGUUCUACGACGGGAUCUGUAAGUGGGAGGAGGGAAGUCCGACGCCCGUCCUGCACGUGGGCUGGGCCACGUACCUGGUCCAGUCCCUGAGCCGCUUCGACGCCCAGGUGCGUCAGAAGGUGUCGAUCAUCACCAAAGAGCCCGAGUCUCUGGACGAUGACGACCAGUCCAGCGAGGACCCCCGGGAGGGCCGGCGGCGGGGCCCCCGGAGGGAGUCCAAGCUGGAGGAGGCCAGCGGUUCCCCUCCCCCCGCGGCGCCCACCUCCCCCCCCUCACAGCCGGCGGCGGCGGCGGGGGCGGGGCCCGGAGGCGGCCGGCGCCGCCCCUCGCAGAGCCUCCGGGCCGCGGACAGUGAAGGAAAGCCCCCGUCGCCCGGCGGGGACGCCGCCGCCCCCUCGCCCUCGCCGCCGGGGGGGCCCGUGGUGGUCUUCCAGAGCGAGAAGAUGAAGGGCAUGAAGGAGCUGCUGUGCGCCGCCAAGGUGAACUCCAGCGCCAUCAAGCUGCAGCUCACGGCGCAGUCGCAGGUCCAGAUGAAGCGCCAGAAGAGCACGGCGGGCGGAGACUACUCCGUCUCCUUCAUGAAGCGCCAGCGCAAGUCCCUGUAGAGCCCCGCCCCCCCGGGGGGCUGAAGACACAGGAGCCCGUCACUUAUCGGUGUAAAUACAGACGUGGUGAUUAGGAUAGUUACUGUGUAACAUGCUCCUCUCUGUGUUGCCUUAUUCUGCCGCCUUCUCUACGGAAGUCAUUCGGACAUAGCUGAGCCACACUGUUUCGGCAGGUUCCACACCUGUCUAUGUAGGUUCUAGAUCUGUUUCUGCAGGUUCCAGUUCUGUUUCUGCGGGCUCUAGACCUGUUUAUGUAGGUUCUAGAUCUCUUUAUGUAGGUGUUAGACCUGUUUCUGCAGGUUCCAGACCUGUUUUCAUAGGUUCUAGAUCUGUUUCUGUAAGUUCUAGACCUGUUUCUUUAGGUUCCAGACCUGUUCAUGUGGGUACCAGACCUGUUUCUGCAGGUUCCAGACCGUGCACUGUUACCAGGGAGACCCUCGGCUCCAGCUCUUUUCUAUCUGAUGUUAAUAAAGAUGUGAUGCAGACCACGG